AUGGCUAGAACCAAGCAGACCGCUCGUAAGUCUACCGGUGGCAAAGCCCCGAGGAAGCAGCUCGCCACAAAGGCUGCUCGUAAGAGCGCGCCAGCUACCGGUGGCGUGAAGAAGCCCCAUCGUUACAGGCCGGGGACCGUGGCUCUGAGAGAGAUCCGUCUUACCUCCAUUAACUAUCGUUAUCAGAAGUCCACCGAACUGCUCAUUCGCAAACUUCCAUUCCAGUGUCUGGUGAGGGAAAUCGCCCAGGACUUCAAGACCGACCUGCGUUUCCAGAGUUCCGCUGUGAUGGCUCUGCAGGAGGCCAGUGAGGCUUACCUAGUCGGUCUGUUCGAGGACACUAACCUGUGCGCCAUCCACGCCAAGAGGGUCACUAUCAUGCCCAAGGACAUCCAGCUGGCCCGCCACAUCCGCGGAGAGCGCGCCUAG